AUGAGAGGCGGCUUGUUUAUCAAAGAGUGGAUUGGAGAGAGAGCAGCGGUCGAUAUUUAUCUUCUUUCUGUUGACUAUCCUACAGGCUAAGAGUCAUGAUUAUCAAAUCUUGUUGGGCUCCCUGGAUGUUCUAUGACAACACCAGACAGGGGAGCCAUGCAGUUGCUGCAUACACUGUGGUUAUGAGCAUUGUGGCCAUCAUCUUCUUCACGUAUCAAAUAGCUGGCGGAGACUCGUCACAAUUUUACCUUCCGCUGUUCGAGAGCAACAAGGGUUCAUCAACCACCACGUGGGGCCUGCUGCUGGUGCUGCUGUACGUCAUCUUCGCGGCGCUUUCCAUCCUGAUGUCGUCCGGUGUGAAGCGCGAGCUGCGCUUCAUGGUGCUGCCCUGGAUCAUCUAUAACUUCCUGUACCUGCUGCUGCUGCUGGUGUAUGGCACCUGGCUCGUCUACACCUACUACUCUCUGCUGUGGUCAGUGAUGGCCUGCAUGAUCAUCUACCUGCUGGCGGCGCUCCACUUCUACCUGCACCUGUGCGUGUACUCGCAGUACCAGCUCAUCAAGUUCAGCCAGAUGCCAAUCAUCGAGGUGUACUACCCGCAGCUGUGAGCGGCGAGCGGCGCCCGCGGCGCCCCAGGUCGGGUCAGGCCCGCCACUUCGUCCGUCCCAUCGCCCUGUUGUGAUUCGCUGUCAUUGUCUGGUGGUCGACCGCGCUGAGAAGCUCGCAGCGGCACUCCGUCCGCCCCGCGUGCGCGGAGGGCGACCCCAUCCGUCCAGAGACUUCUUUUGGUGUUUUAACCGGGUGUUCCCGUGUCAUUUGGGUUUGUUUUCCGUGCCCUUUGUAUUCCAUGUCGGGAUCAUUCCUGCUAAUUCGCGGAAGGCUGUUGCCAAUUUGUUCGAGAUGUUGUAGACAUGUUUUAGGAAUGGAUGACUCAUAAUCGACCUGUAGAUAGGUUGCCUUCCCGGCGUUCGCGGUCUCACUGCACGAGUGACUGAUGAAUACAUGAGCCAUUGUACGCGCGCAAAGUUGGUACACCCCUGUUCUUUACAGCUGCCCAGUAUCAGCUGCUUUUGGUUGUACAUUUCUACCCGAAUCUCAUGCGGAGUCUCCACAUGUGUCGAGUGUCUACAUGUGUUGAGUCUCUACGUCUUUGCUGUGCUGAAGUUGUCUUCAGCAUGCGGCAGUUCGUAAUAAAUCAUCAUACCACA